GGUGUACGUUUACAUGUGUGAUCAAGCACCAAACAUGGCGGCGCUUUUUUGGAGGCUUACGUGAAAGGUUAGACAUUUUUCCACCACCUUCGACACGAUGUUACGGAUUUGCCCCGGCUCAAGGAAGAAUCUCACUAAGUCUCAGAGGGAAGAGGGCUGUUUUCGUCGCCCCGUGCGGUUUAAUCUCCUCCGGACUUCACGUGAUACGGAAAAACGCCCCCCGUCUUCCUUUUGAGAGAGAGAGCCAGUGAAGAAAGAGGAAAAUGGAGGAGAGAAACCAGAGGGUGGUGGAGUAUUUUGUGGUGGCGGGGCUCACCGAGACCUCCAAGCCGCUAGAAGAGGAAAUCGACAACUCGCACAGAACGAUCGCCCCGCAGGACCCGAUCGUGGAGCUGGCCGUGAUCCACCGCGGACAGGGGGAGACGCCCCCGCAGGGCUUCACGUGUAUCGAACACACGCCGUUCGGUUUCCCCGCGGACCUGAACCACGGCAGCCUGCGGAGUUCACCCAUACACCUGUGUUACAGAAGAGGACGCGAUAAACCACCUCUCACAGAUAUAGGAGUUCUAUACGAAGGCAAAGAACGCGUCAUGGCCGGUUGUGAGAUCAUACACAGCACGCCGUACGGACGGCCCGCCAACGUCAAUAACAAAGCCCCCCUGGGCGGACACAGAACUUACAUCACCACUAGGAGAGCCUCGGAAAACGCCGCCCACAAUUCCCUAGCGGUCACGGACAUCUGCGUAAUACUGACCAACAAGGGGGAGACCCCGCCCCACGCUUUCUGUCAGAUAGACAAGAACCUUAACAAGGGCAUGGUUGGUUCAGAUGUCUUUCUCUGUUACAAGAAGUCCAUGGCCAAGAUGAACUACAUAUCUUACAAAGCAGGCUUGAUAGGAAGGUAUCCUAUGGAAGAUUACGAGAGUUUUCCCUUGCCGGAGCAAGUUCCCAUCUUCUGCCUUCCUAUGGGGGCCACCAUCGAGUGUUGGCCCAAGGAUGCCAAACACCCCCUCCCUGUAUUCUCCACAUUCGUGCUCACCAACGUGGAUGCCGAUAAGGUUUACGGUGCCGCCGUGUCGUUCUACGAGAGCUACCCGCCGGAGAAACUCACGGAGGAGCAGCGCAAGCGGCUGAACUACCAGACGGAGCUGGACAGGCAGACCAAGACCAUCCACACCAACAAGUGCAUCUCCCUCAUGUCCCACUGGCCGUUCUUCGACGCGUUCCGCAAGUUCCUGACGUACCUGUACCGUCUGUCGGUGUCGGGGCCGCACGCCGUGCCGCUGGAGAGACACAUCUCACACUUCAUGCACGACGUGCCGUUUCCCUCGCCCCAGAGACCAAGAAUACUCGUACAGAUGGGUGCUGUGGACUCCUUAUUGUUGAUGCAGCCUCACCAUUCUCCCCUACCCCUCAGUGGUGCCUCCCUGACAGCCCUGCUGACCAACCUGGGCCCAGACAACGCCAUGAACCUGCUGCUGUUCGCCCUGCUGGAGAACAAGAUCCUGCUGCACUCCCUCCGGCCAGCUGUCCUCACCAGCGUGGCCGAGGCUCUCCAACUGAUACUGUUCCCCCUCCACUGGCCAUGUCCGUACAUCCCCCUCUGUCCUCUGGACCUGGCUGAUGUCAUAAACGCUCCUGUUCCCUUCAUCGUUGGGGUGGACUCGAGAUACUUUGACCUGUACGAGCCUCCCCAGGAUGUUAUCUGUGUGGAUCUGGACACAAACUCUAUCAGACAACCUGGAGACAAGAAGCUUAUUAACCACAAGAUCCUCCCAAAGAAACCUGCAAAGCUGCUAAGAAACUCUCUAGUCCACCUGUGCAAUCAACUGAUAGAAGUUGAUAUUUUCCCAAGUAUUUACUUUGGUGUUCAUCGGCAGACCACACCGGACGAAGUGGCUGUGGACUUGGCUCCGUUAGACGAUGGUCUGAAGAAACAGAAGAAGAAGUUGUCCAUAGAGCUUGCCAUCCAGGAAGCGUUCCUGAGGUUCAUGGCAUGCCUGCUGAAGGGUUACCGACACUUUCUCCUUCCCAUCACGGAGAAGCCAACGGAGAGAACAACGGAUGCCAGCUCCCUGUUCGACCUGCAAGGUUUUCUGAGAAGCCGCAGCACCAACCAGAAGUUCUUCACCCAGAUCAUGAAGACCCAGAUGUUUAUCCGCUUCAUCGAGGAGUGUUCCUUUGUGUCGGAGAAGGACACCAGCCUGGCGUUCUUCGAUGAGUGCAUGGACAAGGUCGAUCCCGAAAGGUCGGACAGGCCUGACGAACAGCUUAUCGACCUGGAGGAAUCCUUUAAGAGCGAGCACACGGUGUUCGUGACUCCGCCCGAGCCGCGGGACCUCCCUGACGACAGGAAGUACAGCUACACGGUGUUCCCCGACCUGGACCACAGCCUGUUCCUCCGCCCCCCCAACCUGGCCAACCAGUUCAAACAAGUCAGCACCGCCAAGCCCAGCAGCCCCAUGGCUGUCACCAGACGCACCAAGGCCGAGCUCAGGCAGUCACAGAAGGUUGCUAAGAAGAACUCUGGGUCACCAAUGUUGUGGGCAAAACUGUUGCUGAGCCAUUGUUUCAGCCUGUGGUUUAUCUGCCUGCCUGCUUACGUGAAGGCGUCUCACUCCAAGGCCCGCGCCCUGCGUACUGCCUACGACAUGCUGGUCAAGAUGCAGCAUGCCUGCAGGAGAGACCACUUGGACGAGGUGUGCUACCGUGUGGUGAUGCAGCUGUGUGGACAGUACAGCCAGCCUGUCCUGGCUGUCAAAGUGCUGAUGGAGAUGAAGCGCAACGGCAUCACUCCAAACGCCAUCACCUACGGACACUAUAACAAGGCUAUUCUUGAGAGCCGCUGGCCCACGGGUAACAGAGACGGCUUCCUGCUGUGGACCAAGCUGCGUAACGUGAUCCUGGCCAUGGCACAGUUCCGGCGGGGGAUCCGGCGUGCCGCGCUGCAGGCCUCGGACAGCAGUGACGCGGACGCGGUCAGCCGGACCAGCGUGGAGAGCUUCCCCGGUACGGAUGGGACGUCCUCCCAUACAGGUGCUGAGUUUGUCAGCGAUGUCAAGCUGGACACACAUGAUAGAAUAAGCAUGGGUGGCCAAUCAGACCAAGGCUACAGCUCGAUGACGAAGGAGGAGGUUCGUCGGGGAGACAGUAGCGGCGUGACGUCCCCGCUGACUGACCAGGACCUGAACUCCACCACCAGCAGUCAGUCCAGUGACCUGAACGCACCACAGGACAAGAGCAGGGGCAAGCAGGACAACAGUUCAGAUAAUGAGGAUGAGGAUGAUACAAACGGCGUGGAUUCAGACGCCACCGUUCAGGAGCAGCCUAAGUUCGAGCCGGUGGACUACGACGGGCCUGAGCCGUUCCGUCCCCGCGUCAGCAGUAUUGUCCGUAACUCUGGCAGUAUGAGCAGCAUCAGUACGCUGAGGGGAAGCACAAGGAAGGAUAUUGAAGGCCAUGGAAGGCCAAAAGUGAAAGUGAAACGCUUGAUAUCUCUGCCCGAUGGCGUUGUACCUAUCGGUAGUGCAGCCGGACUUCUCAUCACCAGUCAGACCUCCGUGGAGGAGCCCGUGUUCCACGAGCGUUCCUACAGCCUCUCCGCCGCCAUCAGACCGGCGCGAUCCACCAGAAAGAGACACAAGAGCGCCGGCGACCCGUCCAAGAUGAAGCGCGCGGCCGGAGGCAGCGGGGGAAGCGGCGGCGGUGGUGUGGAGCGCCCUCGUUACCCGAGCGGCGACAGUAACGUCACGCUCACGGAGGUGCUGUCCCGACAGGGGAGUCACGAGAGCGAAAUGGACGCGGAGUUGAAGAUUGACCUGUUCAAAGGCGACGCCAGGCUGCUGUCUGGGUUGAGUCGAGACGACAGCGUCAACCAGGCCCGACAGAGAACUAAGGGCGCUUCUCGCCCGGCCAGCGUGGGCUGGUUCUCGGACGGCAGCCGCUCCCGCUCGAGCAGCGACGCCUCCGUCAUGAAACACAGAAAGGCCGCGGGGGCAGCGACGAGGUUGAAAAGAAGCUCAGGCGACAGUGUGAUGUCGAGGAAACAGUCGGAAGAGGAGGAGAAGAAGAAGAAAGAACUGGUCAGGAAAGACUCUUGGGAGAACCAGUGGGACCCGUUCUUGAACGAAGACCUGGAUAAGGAAGAAACGGAUGAAACAAAAGACGACGCAAAAGAGGAAUCUGAAGAAGCCAAGUGUAGUGCAGCCGGACUUCUCAUCACCAGUCAGACCUCCGUGGAGGAGCCCGUGUUCCACGAGCGCUCCUACAGCCUCUCCGCCGCCAUCAGACCGGCGCGAUCCACCAGAAAGCGACACAAGAGCGCCGGCGACCCGUCCAAGAUGAAGCGCGCGGCCGGAGGCAGCGGGGGAAGCGGCAGCGGUGGUGUGGAGCGCCCUCGUUACCCGAGCGGCGACAGUAACGUCACGCUCACGGAGGUGCUGUCCCGACAGGGGAGUCACGAGAGCGAAAUGGACGCGGAGUUGAAGAUUGACCUGUUCAAAGGCGACGCCAGGCUGCUGUCUGGGUUGAGUCGAGACGACAGCGUCAACCAGGCCCGACAGAGAACUAAGGGCGCUUCUCGCCCGGCCAGCGUGGGCUGGUUCUCGGACGGCAGCCGCUCCCGCUCGAGCAGCGACGCCUCCGUCAUGAAACACAGAAAGGCCGCGGGGGCAGCGACGAGGUUGAAAAGAAGCUCAGGCGACAGUGUGAUGUCGAGGAAACAGUCGGAAGAGGAGGAGAAGAAGAAGAAGAAAGAACUGGUCAGGAAAGACUCUUGGGAGAACCAGUGGGACCCGUUCUUGAACGAAGACCUGGAUAAGGAAGAAACGGAUGAAACGAAAGACGACGCAAAAGAGGAAUCUGAAGAAGCCAAGUGCAAUAGCAUCGGAAGGUCUAGGAUAAGACGGCCCAGCCUCACAGAGGCGUCCUUCCAUCCUUUACUGCCAUUGGACGAUGACAUGGACUCCAAACAGGAGAAAAUAGCAAAGUCAGUGCCAAGUGAACCGAAAGGUAAAAGCGAUAGAUCCCUGAGUCUGGCCUUAGAGUCGGACAUGCCCAAGUUGUUUCAGAACUUUGACAGCACGGGCACCUCUCCCACGUCAGCUAACACUAGUCCUCCUCGAGACGUGGUCCGACACAUGCACAAGUCCCCCAGCUGUCACGCCAAGCUCGGCUCGGCCGGCAGCCCGCUGGCCAACAAGUUGUCGGAGAGUCCAGACGAAUCGGGACUAGUCAUAGCGGUGGCCGCCUCCCUCCCCUCCAGAACACCUUCUCACAACAGACAGGGUUCUGGCUCCGGUUUCAGCUUCCUGAAGUCCGCCGCCGCCUCCAUGUUCAGUAGUGGCGGUCGGAUCUCCUCUCCUACGUCUUCUCCCAGCAUGCCUCGCUCCAUGAGCGAGGUGACCGGACUGAAGGACCGCGCCUCCCCGGCCCUCACGCCGGUCCACAGCCGCCAGGGCUCCGGCUCCAGCUCCAAACUGGACGUCUUCAAAGCCGCGGCCAGCGCCAUGGCCAGUAAGCUGAUGGGCAGCUCGCUGACCACCAGGACGGACAACAUGCUAAGGGCGCCGGAACUGGACAGCCUGGUGACCUUCGACGGGGACGACUCGGAAGGGGAGAGGACGCCAAAGAGGAGCUCCAGGAACCUGGACUACCUGAGCAGGAGUGAGACACACCUGGUGGGGACACCACCAGACAUGGCAGGGAGCCUCCCCAUACCGGGCAUGCUGAACCGUCGUGACUCGGUGGACAGCCACGGGUCGUCCCGCUACGCCAGCACACAGAGCAUCUUCCACAACUACGCCAUGGAGGUGCGCAUGAGCAGCUGUAUGAGGUGCUACAGCUGUAACGCCCUGCUGUACGACGAGGAAAUCAUGGCCGGCUGGACACCUGACGACUCCAACCUCAACACUGAAUGCCAGCAUUGCAAGUCUCUCCUUGUCCCCUUCCUUAAUGUUGUAGUGACUGACCUGAGAGGAGGAAGCAGGCAAUUUCUAACCCCCAGCCAAUCAAUAGAGAGCUUCCACAGUAUCCAAUCAGCUCCCCCGAUCCAUCCCAUGGCGACGGUGAGCCAGACCAGCCUGACGAGGACGGGGUCGGACCUGAGCGCUGACAGCCUGGUGCAGGUGGGGGAGGCGGAGGUGGAUGGAACAGCCAUGAGCCACAGCUACAGCCCUGCCAGGCCCCACAUCAAGCUGAAACACUCCCUGUCUGUGGAACACCCCCACACCAACUCUGCGCCCCAGCCCAUCCACAUCCCCGCGGACCGGCGCCGCUGCACCAGCGAGUGUGUCCCAGCGCGCAGGGAGUCGCUGGGAUCGUCCCUCAAGACCGGACCGCUCCUGAGUGUGGAGGAAGAACAGGACAAGAGUCUUCCCUCCAGCUUCAAGGACCAACAGGAACAGAAGGACAGUACGGUACAGGAUCCCAAGCCAGAUACUUCCACCUCACAGCAUGUGAAGCUGAGCGUAAGGGGAGGUGUGGUCGCCAAUCCGCGGGUGGUGGAGAUUCGCAAAGAGUGCCUCGGGUCCUUCAAGUACCGCCCGCAGCAACUCCCCGAGGCCGUCUGCUACCUGGGCAUGGGCGACGACGGGGAAUCCGAAGCCAAGAAAAAACCCAUCUGGUUGGGGAGGACUAAAGUCACACCGCUGGAGAACAAGCUGAACAGGCCCAAGUCUAAAAGUGUGGAAGCCCUGCUCGAAGACUCCGAUCCGAAGGUCACCAUUACGAGAAGCGCAAGUCUAGAAGGAAUAAGGUCUGCAGUGGAGAAUUCUGCUCAAUCUGAUGGUGUUGGAGAUACCGCGUUGACCAAUCGCCUGAGUAGAAGCGUUGGGAGCGGACUGGAUGAAACCGGUUCCGAGUCGCCGUCGUCGUCAUCAGCGGCGCCGCAACGAGUCGUGACGGGACUGGACGAGACGACGGGGCAGGUGGAUAGCAUGGACACGGAGUUCCUGGCGGUCGCGUCGCAGCGCCCGCAGCCUGACCCCAUCACGGUGCCGUACCUGAGCCCGCUGGUGCUGCGGAAGGAGGUGGAGAACGUGCUGGAGAGCGAGGGCGACGGCUCGCUCACCCGCGCCGACUUCGUGGACCAGCACCCCAUCAUCUACUGGAACCUGGUCUGGUACUUCCGCCGGCUGGACGUGCCCAGUAACCUCAUCGGGCUGGUGCUGUCUGCUGAGAUCACCACCAAGGCUGCAGAGAUCCCCAAGCAGUGGCUGUCAGCGGACAGUAAGCACGUGUGUGUGAAGGUUCUCUGGGACAACAUCAACCUACACGAAGAGCCAGGCCAGCCUCUGUACCUCAUGUGGAAUGCACAUGCUCAAAAGUCAUCCUUGGCACAUGCCCUGAUCACAGAGGAGAAGCUGUCGUCCAAGCGGUUCAUGCAGUCCAUAGUGACGAGUAUCCAGAGUAAUGACCUGCUGACUCCUAUGAAGUACAUGCUGCAGGAGUACCACAAACACAAGGCCACACAGGGGAGACACAGGAGUAUCUACAGAGAGAUACUAUAUCUGUCCUUAGUAUCUCUGGGAAGGGACAACAUUGAUCAUGACGCUUUUGACCGCGAGUACAAGCUGGCAUUCAGCCGCCUGUCGGAGGACCUGCAGGCCAUGACACAAGAAGACGACAAACCGCCCAGCGCACGAACUCUGUGGUGUCGGCGCAUCUUUAGCUCUCUCUACCUGUAGCUCAAGCUCCGCUUCAUGAUAACUUCUUCUACUUGUGUAUAAUCUUUACUACUUUUUAUUUGCUGCUGGGGUUCAAAGUUUACUACCGAUAAGAUUUAUCAAUAAUUAUCACCCGACUAGUUUACUUCUGCAAAGUGUUCUGUAAGAAAGGAACGUGUAUAUAGCUGUGAAAAAAAAAUGAUACAGUACAUUUAAAGUGUCUUUGUUUGCAGUCCACGUUAUAUAGAUACCUGGUCUUGCAAGUGAGUAUAAGAUUUUUGCUCUAGAUGGCUCUACAUGUAUAUUAUGAUGUUACCAAUGAUAGGAGCUAUGGUUUUUCUGCAUUUGUACAAGCAAACUUAAGGGGAAUAGUUUAAGGAGUAAGGGACGCUCAGCACUGUGCAAGUAGAUUUGUGGAACUCUGGUAGAAAGCAAUGAACAUUUAACAAAAGUAGAGGUACAACACACAAAGAAGUUUGUGGUCCUGUAAUGCAAAGUGUUAGUUUAUUGCAUGUGGUUAGUUGGUACAUAUAUUACAAUUUAUAACCUUAGAAAGUUUCUUAACUUCUCAUAGCCCACAAAGUGCAGAUUUUGUGGGAUUUGAGCUUCUCGUUUUGUUGAGCCUAAGGUAGGAAAUUGGCACCAUGGACAAGUAGCCUUCAUUUGUGUGAUAGCAAGAAACUUACAGAUACAAUAUUUCUACUCAAGGCUGGCAAAACUCCAGCUGCGUAUUGGAAAGGUUAGAUUAGCCUCUACCAGGCACCGCGGAUCACUGG